AUGGAUGAGUUUGAUGUGCAUCCUCUUCAAAAUGAAUGGACAUUUUGGAUCAUCCAAGUCAAAAGAGUUGGUGCAGGUGUACAGUACGAUAUAGAACCAGUAAUAACGUUCGCUACAAUUGAAGCGUUUUGGAAUGCAUUUUUACAGUUCCCAAAGCUUAGUGGAAUAAAGCAAGGCGGCAUUGCCUUAUUUAAAGCUGGUAUCAAGCCAGCUUGGGAAGAUCCAGGAAAUCUUGGCGGUCAAGCCUGGGCAAUAUAUCCAGAAGAAUUCACACAGAAAGAUUGGCAGGAUGUUUUAGUAAAGAUCAUAAGCGGAUCGUUUGAACAGACAUUAGGCGACCAUGCCCCAGGACUUUGCGGAUUUACAGCUCAGAAAAAGCAGAAUGGAUCGCUCUCAACAGAAAUCUGGUUUGGACCAGGUGUCUGCGAAGAACUUACAGUACAAAAAGCUAUUGGAAUUAAAGGAAAAUCUCCUGUUCUCAAACCUCAUCCAAAGAUUGCUCAAUAA